UACUAGAAAUUAUAUGUAGCCUCCGCAUUUUUCUACACCUCUGCAUAGUACUCCGCUGGUAUCCCACAGAGAUACAACCCAGGCUCUGGUUUGACUGGCAGCUCAUGCAGCUCAGCUAAAUAUACGCAAUUCACCUUAGUUAGUGUUUCAGGAGAGUUUGAGAGAUUGGGUUGGUCAAUGCAGGGAAUGAAAAUAUAAGUAGAGCAUCUUGUCUGCAGCCGCCUCUUUUCUCCAUCUGCCUCAAAACUCUUCUACUCUAGCCCAUUUUGAAACUGCGUUGAUAAUGACAGCGUUUGACUUCACGGAUGUAGAAGCGUUCUUGGACAGCCACCCGGAUCUGUUCGAGGAGUAUCUGGUUCGGAGAGCCAAAUGCGACCAGGUGAGCAGGUGGCUGAAGGAGCACCAGACCUCCAAAGUGUCCACAGCCGAGGAGAAUCGCACCGCCAUCACGGACCCGCUGUGGCCGAGCAGCGCAGACGGACUCCAGCGCAGGUCGUCUCACAUGGAGCUGCGGCGGAACUUCGCCCGCUCCAAAGCCACAACCGCGCACCGCACGUACGACGAGCAUGUGAGCCUGAGCGAACACGAGUCCCAGUCCAGCAUGAGGCGCCGUGCGCUCCUGCGCAAAGCCAGCUCUCUGCCUCCGACCACCGCGCACAUCCUUAGCGCGCUGCUGGAGUCCAGAGUCAACGUGCCCCAAUACGCGUCCAGCGCCAUCGACUACAAAUAUAGACUCAAAGAAACUAACGAAAGGGAGUUUUUCCUGGAACUGGUAAAGGACAUUUCUAACGAACUGGACCUGACAAACCUAAGCUAUAAGAUCCUCAUCAACGUGUGCAUCCUGGUGGAUGCGGACAGGUGCUCGCUUUUCCUCGUUGAGGGACCCGCUCACAAGAGGACGCUGGUGUCCAAGUUCUUUGAUGUACACUCAGGCACCACAGUCAGACCGUCAUCCAGCACUUUGAAUUCCAAUGAAGUUCAGGUACCAUGGGGGAAAGGGAUUAUUGGAUAUGUGGCAGAGCACGGAGAGACCGUCAACAUCUCCAGUGCGUAUGAGGACCACCGCUUCAGUGAUGAGAUAGACAAGUUGACCGGCUACAAGACUCAGACCAUCCUCUGCAUGGCUAUCUGCAACAGUGAUGGCGAAGUCAUUGGUGUUGUACAGGCAAUUAACAAGAAUCCAAUGGGCACACCUUUUACAGAAGACGAUGAGAAGGUGUUGCAGAUGUAUCUGCCAUUCUGUGGGAUUUCAAUUUUUAAUGCAAAGCUGUUUUCAGAGUCUCGCAAGGAGUAUGAACGGAGCAGGGCUUUGUUGGAGGUGGUCAACGACCUGUUUGAGGAACAGACCGACCUAGAGAAGAUUGUUAGGAAGAUCAUGCAGAGAGCGCUGACUUUGUUGCAAUGUGAACGCUGCUCAGUGCUACUCCUAGAAGACAUCGACUCACCUGUGGUCAAGUUCUCCAAGACGUUUGAGCUGAUGUCUCCUUUGUGCAAUAUGGACAGAGACAUCAGCAUGGAGAAGUUAUCCUGUUCUGACUGGCUGAUCAACAACAGCAUCGCUGAGCUGGUGGCCUCCACAGGGCUGCCUGUCAACAUCAGUGAUGUUUGUCAGGAUCCACGCUUUGAUGCUGAGGCAGACAGCCAGGCCUCGGGUUUUCACAUCAGAUCCGUGUUAUGUGUCCCGAUCUGGAAUAGAACCCACCAGAUAAUCGGAGUCGCACAGAUUCUGAAUCGCCUGGACAGGAAGACGUUUGAUGAUGCAGAUCAGAGACUGUUUGAGGCAUUUGUGAUAUUUUGUGGACUUGGAAUCAAUAAUACUAUGAUGUACAACCAGGUUAAGAAGACAUGGGCCAAGCAGUCUGUAGCUCUGGAUAUGUUGUCUUACCAUGCUACCUGCUCCAAAGUAGAAGUGGACAGACUAAAGGCUGCUAAGAUUCCUCUGAGUAGUGAGCUGGGUAUUGAUGAGUUCCACUUCAAUGACUUUUCACUGGACAACGAUGCAAUGAUCACUGCAUCUCUUAGGAUGUUUUUGGAACUUGGUGUGGUCCAAAAGUUUAAAAUUGACUAUGAGGUCUUGUGCCGUUGGCUUCUGACGGUCAGGAAGAACUAUCGGACAGUGGCUUAUCACAACUGGAGGCAUGCCUUUAACGUGUCACAGUGCAUGUUUGUCAUGAUCACAACAGCAACUUUCCAGGAUGUGCUGUCAGAAGCAGAGAUUCUGGCCCUGAUGGUCGGCAGCUUGUGCCAUGACUUGGACCACCGAGGCACAAACAAUGCAUUUCAAGCCAAGACUGGUUCUGCUCUUGCCCUCCUCUAUGGGACAUCAGCAACCCUGGAGCAUCAUCACUUCAACCAUGCCGUCAUGAUUCUGCAGAGUGAGGGGCACAAUAUCUUUGCCAACCUCAGCUCUAAGGAGUACAGCAACAUGAUGCAAUUAUUGAAACAGGCGAUUCUCUCCACAGACCUUACCUUGCACUUUGAGCGCAGAACCAAGUUUUUUGAGCAUGUGCUGUCAGGAGAAUUCAGCUGGGCGGUGGAAGAACACAGAGAAGUCCUCAGGUCUAUGCUGAUGACUGCUUGCGAUCUGGGCGCUGUCACUCGUCCUUGGGAGGUAUCAAAGCAGGUUGCAGAGUUGGUAACAAGCGAGUUCUUUGAACAAGGCGACAGGGAGCGCUCUGAGCUGAAGCUAACCCCAGCAGCCAUCUUUGACCGUAAUCGCAAAGAUGAAUUACCGGCCUUACAGCUGGAAUGGAUUGAUGGGAUCUGUAAGCCACUUUAUCAGGCGCUGCUGAAACUCAACAGGAAGUUACAGCCGAUGGUGAAUGGGAUAGAUGCCAACCGACAGAAGUGGCAGGAACUUUGCAUGUCCUAUCAGGAGAAUAGAAGAGCCUCUACGUCCAGUCAGAGUACUGACCCGGGUCAGAACACUGAGUCAAGCGAUGAUGGCGAAACCAGCGAGUUUCUGAAGAAAACAGAGAAAACUUCACAUGUGAAAAAUACAAAGUUUGGGUCAAAAUCAGAGAGCAGAGAGCUUUUAAGCCUCAGAGCUAACAAAGAGGUCUGCAAUUAAACAGUGACAACAAAACAUUCUCUGUAAAGAAAUAAAGCAGAGAGAUCACAAAACAGGUUGAUUUUGUUAAUGGCUUAAAAUUUUCUGUAAUUUUCUGACAAGCAUCCCGCUAAACUGAUGGGGUGAAAUAAAAUGCAGAUUUUAAUUAAAUGAACCCAGUGCAGCGGCACUGUGUUAAACUCAGGAAGAAUGAGCCUUACCCCAGUCGUUCAUUAAUCUACUUAUGGGGUAAUGUUCAUAUAUAUGAAUGGGUUUCACCUCGGAAAAAAAAGGCUACUGAAACCAAAGAAGAAGACACAAAUUGUUGUUAUGUUUUUGUAGGAACUCUUUCCAGAUGUAAGACCCUUUGGAAUGCCUUUAAUAACAUCAAGGAAUCACUGUGAUGUGUCACAC